CUCUCCCCGCCCGCUUCGGGUCCCGCCGGCAGCCGCUGCCUCCCGGGCCGGGACAGCCGCCUCCCGGGCCGGGACAGCCGCCUCCCGCGGGAGCGCACAAAGCCGGAGCCGCCGCGCUGCCCGGGCGCCCGCCGAGCAGGAAUCCCUUGAAGCUCACCCUGGGAAUGGACAGCUACCUCCAUUUCUGGAGGAGAGUAGUGCCAGCUGAAGAAGCCUUCAAGGCAAGUCAACAAGUGUGCUGGUAACUCUGGGAAGAGCAGAGGGAAGGGGCGACCUUCCAGGCCAACAGCCAUGCCUUUCGGGCUGAAAUUGCGACGGACCAGACGCUACAACGUCUUGAGCAAGAACUGCUUUGUGACAAGGAUCCGUCUGCUGGACAGCAAUGUCAUUGAGUGCACCCUCUCUGUGGAGAGCACAGGGCAGGAGUGCCUGGAAGCUGUUGCUCAGAGGCUGGAAUUACGUGAGACUCACUACUUCGGCCUUUGGUUUCUCAGCAAGAGCCAGCAAACCCGCUGGGUUGAACUGGAAAAGCCUCUGAAGAAGCAGCUGGACAAAUUUGCCAAUGAGCCUUUGCUUUUCUUUGGAGUAAUGUUCUAUGUGCCCAGUGUUUCCCGACUGCAGCAGGAGGUGACAAGAUACCUGUAUUACCUACAAGUGAAAAAGAAUGUUCUCGAUGGCCGGUUACUUUUUUCAUUGGAGCAGGGAAUUCGACUAGCUGGCUUGGCAGUGCAAGCGGAUUUUGGAGACUAUAAUCAGUUUGAAUCUCAUGACUUCCUCCGAGAAUAUGUCUUGUUCCCUAUGAAUUGGAGCCAGGAUGAAGCUGUCUUGGAGGAAUUGACUCAAAAGGUUGCUCAGGAGCACCGAACUCACAGUGGCAUGACAGCAGCAGAAGCUGAGCUAAUGUACAUCAAUGAAGUGGAACGCCUUGAUGGGUUCGGACAAGAAAUCUUCCCUGUGAAGGAUAAUCAUGGAAAUGACAUACAACUCGGUAUUUUCUUCAUGGGGAUCUUCAUAAAAAACAGAAUUGGAAGGACAACUGUGAUUUAUAGGUGGAAUGACAUUGCGAAUAUAGCACAUAACAAGUCUUUGAUUGUUCUUGAGUUGAUCAACAAAGAAGAGAAUGUGCUGUUUCACACGGAUGAUCUUGAAAAUGCCAAAUAUAUUUCACGGCUGUUUGCAGCAAGACACAAGUUUUACAAACAGAACAAAAUCUGCACAGAACAAUCAAGUUCUCCUCCUCCUAUCCGACGACGACCCACUUGGAGUAGGUCAUCCUUGCCAAGACAACAUCCAUUUAUACUGCCUCCUAUGCAUGUCCAGUGUGGAGAACACUACACUGAAACACAUAAUUCACAAGAUAGCAUUUUCCAUGGAAAUGAAGAAACUUUUUACUGUAGGUCUCAGACCAGUUUAGACAGGUGUCCAAUGGACUUCAGCUACUUGAAUGGUAAUGGACCCAAUGGGAGUGUAUGCAGUGCCCACAGCAUGAACUCCCUCAAUCGCUCACAGAACUUCAUCCAGGCAUCUCCAAUGUCCUCAAAUCUGAGCAUCCCUGGAAGCGACAUCAUGAGAGCAGACUACAUCCCCAGCCACAGACAUAGUGCAAUCAUAGUGCCGUCCUACCGGCCGACUCCAGAUUAUGAAACUGUCAUGAGGCAAAUGAAGAGAGGGGUGAUCCAGAUGGACAGCCAAAGUCAGUCUUUGAGGAAUCUCAAUAUUGGAAACACACAUGCUUAUAACCAGCCAGAAGACCUGGUUUACAGUCAGCCCGAGAUCCGAGAGCGACAUCCUUACACGAUUACAUACGGGCCCCAGGGUGGCAACUAUAACAAGCCUGUUGCCCCGUCUGACCAAAUGAACCCUAAUAAUGCUGCGCAAAACAAGACGGCAGCCAGCGCCAUAUCCCACACGGUCAGCACGCCGGAGCUGGCCAACGUGCAGCUGCAGAGCAGCCAGAGCUACAACACCACUCACAUGUUGAAAAACUAUCUCUUCAGACCCCCGCCUCCCUACCCGCGCCCACGUCCUGCCACCAGCACGCCCGACCUGGCAAGCCACCGGCACAAGUAUGUCAGCGGGAGCAGUCCCGACCUGGUCACCCGCAAAGUCCAGCUCUCGGUGAAGACCUUCCAAGAGGACAGCUCGCCGGUCGUCCGUCAGUCGCUGCAGGAGGUCAGCGAGCCCCUCAUGGCAGUGAAGCAUCACGCAGCUGUCAACAAGCGCCAUAGUUUGGAGGUCAUCAGCAAUAUGGUACGGGGUAUAGAAGCCAUGGCAUUAAAAACUUUAAACGCCCCUCUGCCGCGCAGGAACACUUUGCGGGAACAGGUGCAGCCAGAAGAGUCGGUUCAGAUGGGGCAUGAAGUUCAGCAGGUUCCUCAUUAUCAUCACAAAAAGACAUUCUCUGAUGCGACAAUGCUGAUUCACAGCAGUGAAAGCGAAGAGGAAGAAGAAACCCCAGAAUCUGUGGCACGGAUAACAGCCCUCCCUGAGAACAUGGAGUACAGUGCUCAGCUGCAAGCUGCCUUGGCUAGAAUACCAAAUAAACCUCCUCCGGAAUACCCUGGGCCUCGUAAGAGUGUCAGCAAUGGAGCCCUGAGGCAGGACCACGUUAGCGUUUCUGUGGCUGUAGCCAGGGCCAAGGCCAUGAGGCCCGGCCCUUCCAAAGCCAUUAGUGUCUCUCGAACUGAUCAAAUGGCAAUAAACGGGUCUUCGCUCGGGCCCUCUAUCUCAGAGCCUGACCUCACGAGUGUGAAGGAGAGGGUCAAGAAAGAACCUGUCAAGGAAAGGCCUGUGUCUGAAAUGUUUUCUAUUGAGGACAGCAUUAUAGAAAGAGAAAUCAUGAUGAGGAAUCUAGAAAAGCAGAAGAUGGCAGGCCUGGAUGCCCAGAAGAGGCCCUUGAUGUUGGCAGCGCUGAACGGACUCUCGGUUGCUAGGGUUCCAGUGCCGGAGGACAGCCAGGAUGAAGUCGCCAAGGUGCCAAUGGAUGAGAGGUGCAAAAUCUUGAAGAGGAAGUUGGAAGAGGGGAUGGUGUUUACAGAAUACGAGCAGAUUCCAAAGAAAAAGGCAGAUGGGAUCUUCACCACUGCUGCCUUGCCUGAAAACACCGAGCGCAACCGCAUCAGGGAGGUCGUCCCUUACGAGGAGAACCGAGUGGAGCUGGUGCCGACCAAAGAAAACAAUACAGGCUACAUCAACGCUUCACACAUAAAGGUCACUGUAGGAGGAGAGGAGUGGCACUACAUUGCUACCCAAGGGCCUCUGCCACACACAUGCCAUGACUUCUGGCAGAUGGUGUGGGAGCAGGGGGUGAAUGUUAUAGCCAUGGUCACAGCUGAAGAGGAGGGAGGAAGAAGUAAGAGUCAUCGUUACUGGCCUAAACUGGGCUCUAAGCACAGCUCAGCCACUUACGGCAAGUUCAAGGUGACAACUAAGUUCCGCACAGACUCCGGCUGCUAUGCAACUACUGGUCUGAAGGUCAAGCAUCUUCUCUCUGGACAAGAGAGGACAGUGUGGCAUUUGCAAUAUACCGACUGGCCAGACCAUGGGUGUCCAGAAGAAGUCCAAGGCUUUUUAUCCUACUUGGAGGAGAUCCAGUCGGUGCGUCGCCACACCAACAGCGUCUUGGACAGCAGCAACACCUGCAACCCUCCCAUCGUGGUUCACUGCAGCGCGGGGGUGGGCAGGACCGGCGUGGUUAUCCUGACAGAACUGAUGAUCGGGUGCUUAGAGCACAAUGAAAAAGUGGACGUUCCUGUGAUGUUGAGACACCUGCGGGAGCAGAGAAUGUUUAUGAUCCAGACCAUAGCCCAGUACAAGUUUGUCUAUCAAGUGCUCAUCCAGUUCCUGCAAAACUCCAGACUUAUUUAAUCUUUUUCAAACAUCCCAGACCCAACUUUGUGGAUCUGACUGAACCUUACUGGUGAACAAGGGGAACUGCCUUGACAACACUCUGUGCAUAUAUUACGCUUUUGGAAGUUGUCUUGAAAGUAAGGAAUUAUUGUUCUUUACUAGAGUCUCCCGUGGAUUAUUUUAUACAAGACAUAAUUUAUUUUUCUUGGGAUAACUUGUGAAAUACUUUAAUAACUUGUAAAACUUAUAGUAACCUUCAAACUGAACCACAUUUGACAUGACUGGUCUGCAUUGUAACAUGUCCAUAAGGAAAGCAAUCCUUUGUCCAA